CGAGUGCGCCUCCUUUUGAUGGAUGUCGUUUGAAGAUUUUUUGCAUGUGAAGUCAACAAAUAUGGCUGCGGAGAAAAGUAGAGAAAUUCUCUCUAGCAACACACUUAACGCUGUUCGAGAGGAAUAUAAGCGUUAUAAAAGGCGCAGUAAAGCUCCAGACUUUGGUGAUGUGAUUGACUUCGAAAAUCCUUCGACUUUUUCAGGACGUGCUGUAGAAGUGGAUGUUUCAAAUAUGCCAAAUGAACCAUUGAAUUGCCACAGUUUUGGCUUAGUUAGUCCGACUAAUUGGAAAGCUUUUGAAGUAGUUUCUUGUCCUGGAUUUAUGUUUAUCAUCAAUCCUUUCAAGAAAGGCUUUCAACAUUAUAUGGUGCAACGUUUGUUGAAAGAUUUUCCUCGUAAACCAAAUGCAACAAAUUUAGUAGUUCACAAAGAUAUUGUGCUGCAAGAUGACGAAUCAUUUUGGGACUAUUGUAUGAAAUCAACGAGGCCUGACGACAUUAAUAAAUUAAGGUGGACUCAUCUUGGUUACCAAUUUGACUACAACAAAGAGGAAUACAAAUCGGAUGCUUACUUUGGUUUUCCUCAAGACUUGGCUUGCCUUGUAACGUAUAUUGCAGCAACCUUGGGGUUUCAUGAUUACCAGCCACAAUCUGGUGUUGUCAACUAUUAUCCACUCGGGUCCAGCAUGGGCGGUCAUGUUGACCGAUACGAAAACGAUCUGUCACAACCAUUAAUCUCAAUAAGUUUCGGUCAAUCUGCAAUCUAUCUGAUUGGCGGUAAGACAUGUGACAUUCGCCCAACAGCUCUUUUCGUGAAAAGUGGUGAUGUUAUCGUGAUGUCUGGAGAUUCAAGACUUUCUUAUCACGCCGUACCGCGUAUUAUAAAAGUUGGACGAGUAAACGAACCUCCUGACUGUUUGAAAUGGGUGGAGAAUGCUAACGGGAGUAAAAUGCCCCUACUUAAAUUACUCAACGAGAAGAGUGACAAAAUAAAUAAUCGCUGUUCAGUUUGCAAAAAUUAUUUUGAUUCUCGCGAUGUUUUAAAAAGACUUGACUCUUUUUCUAAAAAUGCAGAACAGUGGGCACCGUUUGCGUCAUAUUGCUCUAGAACAAGAGUAAAUAUUAAUGUUCGACAGGUACAUUUAGCAUCCGAAAAUAUUAAAUUGCGUUUUAUAUCAUGAAA